AUGUCGUCAUCUUCUUCUCAAAAUUAUGAUAAACCAACUACUUCCCAUACAGAGGAACAUGACCAUCAUCAACACAAUUUUGUUUCAAGGAUACACAUUCAUGGUGAAGGUAAUGAGUUGGUCACAAUUGGGGGUCAUAGCUACUAUCGCCAUGAAUUGAUGUCAGCAUUUGGUGGUACUUUGAACCCAGGUGCUUCGCUUUAUCCCAAAGUCAAUAUGAAUCCUGCCCCCAUUGGUCUUUGUGGAUUUGCUUUAACUUGUUUUGUUUUAAGUUUAUUCAAUGCACGAGCUAUGGGUAUUACAAUUCCUAACGUUGUUGUUUCCUUAUCUUGUUUUUAUGGAGGUGUUGUACAGGUUUUGGCAGGUUUAUUUGAGUUUGCCACUGGUAAUACAUUUGCUUUUACUGCAUUAGUAUCAUAUGGGUCUUUUUGGAUAAGUUAUUCAUGUUUGUUCUUUGAACUGUUUGGUAUUGCUGCAGCUUAUGAAGGUACUGAUCAAUUUAAUAAUGCAGUAGGGCUAUUUUUAUUAGGUUGGGUUAUGUUUACAUUGAUAAUUGUAUUGAAUACCAUGAAAUCAACAGUGGCUUUUUUCUUGUUGUUUUUCUUUUUGGAAUUAACAUUUAUCUUGUUGUGUUGUGGAUCAUUCACUGGUAAAGUUGGAGUGACUCGUGCUGGUGGAGUGAUUGGUUUCAUAACGGCCAUUAUUGCUUGGUACAAUGCGUUUGCUGGUACAGCUACACGUUUCAACUCCUAUAUUGUUCCUCCUGUUGUUCCAUUACCGGUAGUAGAGCUUGGGAAAAAAGAACCAUAG